AAUAUUUAAUAAGUGUCGCAUAGCUAAUGUCGCGAAAUAGAUUACCGAUAUUUCACGAAUGAUCUCAGCUACCGUUUUUCAUCUCGCUGGAGGUCAUUUGACAAAAAUGAAAAUUAUUCAAUAUCAAUAAUAAGAAUAUUCUAAGCAUGAGAGGGAAAAAAAUGUAGAAAGUGAGGAGUAGUUGAGGGACGUCGCUCUAGCACCUCGCAUCCUGCUUGGAGAUAUAUUAAUGUUGAAUCUAGUGUUUCUAAGCUUUACAUUCAUAGCAUCUGUAUCGGGAUUUACCGGAGGUUAGACCAAACUCUGGAAUGAUGUCGACCACCAGCAGGCGUCCCUCCCUGCCCCCGAUGCCGGAUCUGUCUCAUCUAGACGAGGCAGAGAGGAAGCAAAUCGAGGAGGUUCUCAGGAGGCAGCAUGAAGAGGAGGAAAAGGAGCAGGAGAUGAUAAGGAAAAUGCAACAUGAGUUUGAUACUUACCGCCAGACUGUCGACAAAGUUAAUGUAGAAGCCAAAAAACUAGGCCCACAAGCGCAAUUAGACACGGGUGCAGUGUGCCAAAUUUGUCACAAGACGAAGUUUGCAGACGGUGUUGGACAUGUUUGUCAGUAUUGUCAACUGAAGUCUUGUGCCAGAUGUGGAGGAAGAAUGACAGUCAAACAAAACAAGAAAUUGGAUGAUAAAACUGCGCCCCCUGUCAACAUAUCUCCUCCAACAACUGUGUGGGCCUGCAACCUUUGUCGCAAGAAGCAAGAUCUGCUAGCAAAAACAGGGGCGUGGUAUCAUGGUGGAAUGGCCAAACCUGUGCAGCUUGGUCUAGAUACACAGUCUGGCAGCGAGACUGCCUCCAUUAAGGCAGAUAUCAGUCCUCCUAAUGAAAAACGACCAAAAAUUUAUGAAAAGAAACUGGACGGAAUCCCAUCUGGGUCUGAUAAGGAGAAUAUUAUAAAUUCAGGAUCUAGAGGAUCACAUGCCCACCCAAAGGAAGGCAUUAGGAGGCAGUCGUCAUUGGAUACAGGAAGUGCACAACAUGGCCGUGGUAGACUUAAUGAACAGUAUGGUUUAGCUCCAGAAGAUGGUGAUAAAUUACGUGAACAUGGACAAGUGACAGAGCGUGGACGAAAUCGUGAUCGUUCACCUGCUUCAAGAAGACAUUAUAGUGAAACUAGGGCAUCAGAGACAGACAGAAGAUUUGCUCAAGAAUUCCGGCAUGGUGAUAGACUUGGAAGGGGGGAGGGGCAGUCUCGCUCUAGGGACCCAUCCAGGGAAAGGGGAGGACCACGGGAUGACAUGAAGAGGGGGCGUGAUACUCACUCAGAUAAACGAGUUCGAGAUGGACCCAGAGAUCUCAGAGAUGAAAGACACCGUGACUCUCAUCGAAGUGAGCAUGACAUGGUCUAUAUAAAACGUAGCAAAGACCCUGAUCAUUACAGACAAUCUCCGGUGGAAGGCAUGAAAGGCCAUGACUAUGCAGACAAAGAGACAAUUCGUGGCUCACGAGAGCGUGUGGACAUGUUGGAUGGUGAUAAAAGACGCAUGAGAGACCCCUCCCUCUCAAAAGUCAACAAUAUGCAACCCUCACUGGGAAAACUGGACCGGAGCGGAAGUGGUCGGUUAGCCCGACCUGAGCGGACACCUAGCAGUAGCUCUAGUCGCAGGUCUCCAACGACGUCCGAGAGGGAGAAAGGGAAGGAGGGACUAGAGCUAUAUCAUGGAGAGUCCCCCUCCCCGCGUUCACCAAGUGUGUCCUCACGUCACAAAAUUCGAAAUGCAUCCCCUACACUGAAGGAUGAGAGUGGGCGUUCUAAUGAUGGAUCGUAUAGUUACUCAAACAGUGUCUCCUCCCACUUAGACCCCAGUACUGCUGGAAAGAACUUAAACAAAAACAAUAACAACAAUAAUCGGAAGAAAAUGGAGAACCUGCGGGCGGAUUCACUCAGUUCUGACCCCUCAGACUGUGCCCGACCACCCCCACCCAAACCCCACAAGCACCGCAAGGGCAACAAAAAACAGAGACAGCAUUCACUAAGUAGUUCAGAUGAUGAGAUUAGAUCCACACCAGAGAAUUCCAGUUACGAAGGAGAGGAGGAGAGUGAGAGCAUCGUUAGUGAAAAAGGGGGAAAUGAAAGCAGUUUAAGGCAAACUAAUUCCACUGGUAGGCCUGACACCUAUCAUGGCUGUCAAAAAUGUUGCCAUGGCAAUGUUUGCUGCAAGAUGGCUGCUUAUGAGACCGAGACACAGGUUUUGAAAGACUCUGGAAUAGAUACAGGGCACUCCAGUAGUAGCCAAACAUUAAACGAAGACAGUUCCAAGCAUCCUGUGACUUGGAAAUUGUCAUCAGAUGGGUCCCUAUAUGUGGGUCACAUGAUUCUUAAAAAAACCAUCGAUGGAGCAAGACAGGAUGACUGUGCGAUUCUAGGUCUGAGUAUUGUGGGAGGUAGAGAGACACCCUUAGGACAGCAUGGUGCAUACAUCACAAAAGUAAAAAAGGGCAGUAUAGCUGACACUGUGGGCCAUCUACGACCAGGUGAUGAGGUCUUGGAAUUCAAUGGCAGGUGUUUACAGCGAGCCACUUUUGAGGAGGUUCGAGACAUCAUCAUGGAAUCUAAGCAGGAACCUCAGGUGGAACUAAUUGUCCACCGUAAUGUUGGUUCUGGUGAAGUUCCACCAGGAUUACAACAAACUGACCAUAAUACUCGCAGAAGUCCACUGAACCAAGACCAAAGAGGGAAGAGGGUCAGAGAUUAUACCAAUGGCCACACAAGGAGACCAAAUCUGACUGAAACGACUCCUCUGUCUUCUAGCUCUAGGUCAAAGGCCCACGCUUCCAAAUCUAUGGGCAAAAUUCAGGUGAAGUUGUGGUAUAAUGUGAAGGGACAGGAACUGAUAGUGACCCUCAUUACUGCGACAAACUUGCCUACUACUACUAAAGGCCAGUUCAGACAUCCCUACUGCAAGGUCUAUAUGUUGCCUGAUAGGAGUGAAAAGAGUAGGAGGCGGACGAAGACAAUUAUGAAUAGCAAUGAGCCCACCUGGAACCAGACCUUCAUGUACGACAACAUCACGAUUGCUGACCUUCGUAAUUCAUUGCUGGAAAUAACCGUUUGGGACUAUGAUCGCAUGGGGCCAAGUGAAUUUCUUGGAGAGGUCCUACUUGAUCUACACAAUUCUAACCUGGAGGACGAUCCCUUCUGGUUCUCUCUGGCCCAACACGAUGAGAACAGUAUUCCUCUUCCUCAGUCCUCACCCAGAACUAAAACCCACCAGGAAGCAUAUUAUGGAAGGAAAGAUCACCUCUCUCCUCCUAUCGGUUCUCGUGGUCAUAGCGACAGUGACAUGUCCGAGUUUGAUAUGGACGAAAGGUUCAUGGGAAAUGUCCCAGCUGACGUCGGCCGUCGCCUGGAUAAAACUAGUUCCUGCAGUUCACAUGGUAGUUCAGCAGGCAGUGACGAAUACUCUGACCCCACAGAUUAUAGAUACUCACGUACACGCACAAGGCCCAUACCUAUUAUUAAGAGUCCGUUCCGGCCAGCAAUUUCUCCCCUGGCUCGGGAAGAUCCCGUAGCCAGGCUAAGAGAAGCUAUAGUGACCAGUCGGGAGGAGCACGAGCGUUCUCAUCGACACCCAAAGACUGCUGUUGAGAAGUUAUCUGUUCCUGGGGAACAAAGUCUCCACCAGAGGGCGACUUCCCCCAAACCGCCAGACAUCCACUCCAGAAAUAGGUCAAGGACACCUUCCUCCUACCAUCGUGUGCCUGAAAAUGUUACCCGCUCACUGUCCCCACCAGACCUCAGUUCAUCCCCCUCACGACUGAUGGCAAAUUCACCCUCCAACACGCCCUCUCCAAAGAAGAGGCAAUUGCCUGCAAUUCCUUCUGAUGCUCAGAGGGAAAGCAGAGAUCGAGUUGUGAGAGAUUUAGAAGAGAGAGCUCGUCAGAUAAAGAGUCGGAUGCGACCGGGCAGCGUGACUCCAAAUCUCUCCGACAGUGAAGCAAUGAGGAGCCGUCACAGUAGAGCUUACGACAGAUCAGUAUCUCGAGAACGAGGAUAUCCGCCAUACGACAGGGACCCCUCACGGGGACGUAGGAGAGAUUUGGGCAAUGAGUAUGAUAUUCCUAGUGAUGCAGAUAGUGACAUCUCUGAAAUCUCCAAAGUCAGCACCAUAAGUGUUCGCUCCACCCAGUCUGAGAAACCCCAUAGAAAAUUUAGUCAAUUUAAAGAGAAAAUAAAUACCAAGUCCACAAUUCCCCGACAACAGCAACCGACAGUGCGCACCCCAACCAGUGAUGGUCAAGGCUUCCAGAAACAAAACAACAGUGGUAGUAUGUCAGACUCGGAAGUCGGGUCAUGUGUCACGGAGGGUCGUCGACGGCGACCAAGUCUGGGUCACAAGAUUGGGUCGCUAAUCGGACUUCAGCGCAGAAGUAGCAGUGCUUCCCAACUGUCUGACGGAAAGAAAAAGAGCUCGAUCCAGCGUAGCGAGGAGGUGUUGUCGGGGAGAGGCCUGGUUAAACAACCCAGUAAGGACUCCACAGACGGCAGCAUUGGGAGCAUAAGCAGCGACUCUGGCAGUGUCCUCUGGCUGAAUCCCACAGGAAUGAGACUUGGACCGGAGGGACAAUUUGGAGACUUCAUUGAGGGUCUGGGGCCGGCUCAGCUUGUUGGUCGCCAAGUUCUUGGCUCUGCCUGUCUAGGGGAGAUCCAGUUGAGCUUGUACGACAGGAAGCACCACCUGGAGGUGGAAGUCAUCCGAGCACGUGGCCUCAUUCCAAAAGCAGGAGCCAAAAUACUUCCAGCCCCAUACGUGAAGGUGUACCUGAUUGACGGCAAACACUGCACAGAGAAGCAAAAGACAACGGUGGCGCGUCGCACCCUGGACCCCCUGUAUCAACAACAGUUAGCCUUCACCGAGGACUACAGAGGGAAGAUACUGCAGGUUACUGUGUGGGGAGAUUAUGGAAGAAUGGAUCGUAAAGUAUUCAUGGGUGUGGCACAAAUACUCCUAGAUCACUUAGACCUUUCAAACAUUGUCAUUGGCUGGUACAAGUUGUUUACCAGCUCCUCAUUGGCUGGUCAUCAUUCAUCAUCGUCGACGAUUGGUCAUUCUCGUAAAGGCUCAACAACCUCCUUAGAUAGUGGUUAUAAUAACAACAGCCCACGAACAUAGCAUUAGUUAGGGUUUAGUAUGUUAACUUUCUCUAUGUGAUUAACCUUUUUCAAAUUUAUAGUAGAGUAUGCAAUUUUAAGUGAAUGUAUGGUAGAGAAAAGGGCACGUUACUCAUGCAUAAAGUGGCCUGCUGCAUUAGUUGAUAAUUUAAAUGAGACAUUUUUGAAUAGUACAUUUAAUCAUAAAUGUUUUCAUCUAACUGUAUUUUUCAUGUCACACUUGUUCUGUAGAAUGAGGUAGAUUUCCAAUUUUUAAAAAAAAAAUGGAGGAAGAUAUGAAACAACAGUGUAUGUAAUAUAUCCCUCAUUGGCUGUAGAAGCAUGCAUACUGUCUGAAUGUGUUAUAUUGUUGUGUUCUCUGAAUAGUGUUAUAUUUAUGCAUGUAUCAUGCAAAAUAUGCAAAUCCUGUAAGAAAUGUGCUAGACUGUUUCAUGUAGUGCAAAGUAUGCCCACUGACAGAGUGGAGCCUACGAAGUGACACCAUUUAUUUCAAGGAUUUUUCAAAAUUGAAUGAAAUUUCUGCACAUUUUGAUCCCACAAACAAAUCAAAUCUUUUUAAAAAAGGGAAGGAUUUAGCUUAAAUGGGCAUUGAAGGACAGAAAUUGAUAAAACACAAGCUGUUUCGUCCUACCCAUAUAACCACUACAUGUAUAUAUACCUGAAAAAACUCCUAUAGGCAAGACUCGGCAUGUUAUUUUGAAUGUUUGAAAACUGUUGACAAGUUGAUGUACAGAUUUAUCUGCACAUGUUUGUAAUGAUAGGUUUUUACGGCAAGUUUUGUUACGUUAUUAAUUUGUGGACAUUUUUAUGUGAGUAGUUGUAUUUGUUAACAAUUAUGCAUAGAGUAUACGUCAAUGUUGUAAAUUACGUGUAGUUAAAGUGGCAUGUCAUGCACUUGUGUUUAUGUUAAGUUCUAGUCCAAAAAACGGUGUUAGCUGAAGUUUCAGUUGUUUUUAUAUUAUGACUGUUUUUCCUUGUUAUUGAAACAAAAAUCUGUGAUCAUUUUAAUUUUCCUCUUUGAUUAGAAAUAUACAUUAUAUAUGGAUAAUAUUUCUAUAUAUUUCUUAUGAUACAUUUACAUGUAUGUUGCAUAUUUAGAAUAGGUAUGUAAUUUGUUUCCCCAUAGAAGUUAUAAUUACGAAAUAUGUA